AUGGCCUGCCAGGAAGAUGGAGGCAUCUACGCACAGGUCGUGGAGGCGCGCGUUGGGGUGAAGGAGUGGCUGGGGAGCGACGGCACAUCCACCAGCGACGUGGGCGGCGAGGAGGAUGCAUCCUCCUUCGGCGAAUCCGUCUUCGAGGAGCCGAUACACAUGGACGCGGAGGUCAUCAACAAGUUGUCUCAUCCACCGGAGAUGAGCCGUGAGCUCUUCGAGCAAGCGACUACCAUGAUGAAGCUUCUCUCCGAAGGACCAUCUCGAGCCGCGCACGUGGCCCUCCGGGGGCCACUGGCGAGCAGGCAGUCGCCCAAACCAGCUUGGGUGUGCAGUAUCGAUCUCCUCGUGCACCCAGGCCCCGACACCAGGGCCGACAUCCUCGUCCUGCGCCUGUCAACGCUCUGCAACCUCAAACCAUGCCACAUCGAGCGCAUGCCCAAGCUGUCAUCGGCACGUUUCAAGCUAGUGAGCUGGCCAGGUCUCAGCUUUCACUUCACCGUCGAGAUCACCUGCAUCGACCGAGAGGAUCAGUUCAACAGGCUGAUGGCCGCAGAAAGUGCUGUCCUUGACUUGACCACAGCUGCAAGGUGCAUGGUGGCGGCGGACCAGGGGAUGCCUGCGGAAGCUACACUGGAUGCGUACCUCCUCCUGGCACAGGCGUUUGCUGCACAGAUCCUGCCUGAACGGGCCAUGACGAGGCCACCCCGGUGUUUGUAG